AUCACUUAUACAGACAACUGGGAGGUCUCAGUAACAAUUUAAUAUAAUAUUCGAACGGUAGUUCCUGUGAAAUAAAGAGCAGCGGCUAAAUUUAAGCACCUUAUCUCACUUCUAGAUAAUGGAAACGACCAACGUAUGUAUCGAUGUAUAUUUAUACAGGAAGUGGUAUUAAAGGGGCAGCCGGUGGUCGAGUCUGUUCUGUGUUGUGACGGCAGGUGCUGUGCGUGUAGCUGGUGCCGCAGUGAUGGAGCAGUGUGCCUGUGUGGAGCGGGAGCUGGAAAAGGUCCUCCACAGGUUUGUGAUGUACGGACACCUCUCGGAGGAAAGCCUGGACGAGCUGCUCCGAUACGUGUCCGAGCUCCGAGGGCAGCUGGUCAGCUCAGGUCUGAAAGAUUCUGACUUGGACGGUCAGUUCUCCCAGGCGAUGGGCCGCUGCUGUAAGAAUAUUAAGGAUACAGUGCAGAGGUUGGCUUCCAGCCACAAAGACAUCCAUGGCAGCGUUUCUAAAGUGGGGAAAGCCAUUGACCGGAAUUUCGACGCAGAGGUGAGUGCGGUGGUGGCAGAAAACAUGUGGGAGUCCCGCGAGAGGCAGAAGUGCCUGAGUGAAUCCAUCGUGGAGCACCUGUACCGACAGGGCAUGCUGAGUGUGGCUGAGGACCUGUGUCAGGAGUCUGGGGUAGUCAUUGAUAGGAGUAUGAAGCAGCCCUUUCUGGAACUGAACCGAAUUUUAGAGGCUUUGAGAAUGCAGGACCUCAGACCAGCCCUAGAAUGGGCGAUUGCAAACAGACAGCGCCUCUUGGACCUGAACAGCACCUUGGAGUUCAAGCUGCACCGGCUCUACUUCAUCAGCCUGCUGAACGGGGGGAUCGGGAACCAAGUGGAGGCUCUGCGAUACGCACGCCACUUCCAGCCCUUCGCUGCACACCACCAGAGAGAUAUCCAGAUUCUGAUGGGCAGCCUGGUGUACCUGCGUCACGGCAUUGAGAACUCGCCCUACCGCAACCUGCUGGAAACCAACCAGUGGACAGAGAUCUGCAACAUCUUCACCAGAGACGCCUGCGCGCUCCUGGGGCUCUCUGUAGAGUCGCCUCUUAGCGUCAGUUUUGCUUCAGGUUGCAUGGCGCUGCCUGUCCUGAUGAACAUCAAGCAGGUGAUUGAGCAGAGACAGUGCACAGGAGUCUGGACACACAAAGAUGAGCUUCCGAUCGAGGUCGACCUUGGUAAGAACUGCUGGUAUCACUCUGUGUUCGCGUGCCCCAUCCUCCGCCAGCAGACCUCCGAGACCAACCCCCCCAUGAAACUGCUGUGCGGACACGUCAUCUCCCGAGACGCACUCAACAAACUCAUGAGCGCCGGAAAGUUGAAAUGCCCAUACUGCCCAAUGGAGCAGAACCCUUCGGACGCUAAACGGAUCAUCUUUUGAAGAUGCAGGGUGGCGCAGUGAGAUAGGAUUCAGGUUGUAAUUUACUGGAGAUUCAGGGCCCACCUUUGCCGGCACAAGUGUUGCCUUUUGCAGCGGUCAGAGGCCAUGCCUUGAGAGUGGCCUGCACCUUCCUGUCUCCUAGAUCGAAUUAGUUUUAUAAGAGUUAGUGUUGUAUGCUAGGGUUGAACCAAUAGGCAGAGUUUGAUGAUGUAAUGCAUUAAUCAAUAUAUUAAUCGGUGUAAAAACAUUGAAAGAAGUAUAACCGUUCAAGCUGUACUUUCUAUAUUUCAGGGAAAAUAAAAAUGAAAUAGCAGUUGCUUUGUCAGGUACCCCUGUAUGUAAAACCUAGCUGUCCUAACAUAACCCCCUCGCUUCUUAAACUGGUCUGAGUGCUCCACCUCCCCCAUUGUUUUAUUGAGAUUGGCAUGAAGAGAUUUUGAGAGGCACGCAUGCACUCUGGUGGUCACUGCACAUAGAAGGGUCUCCAUCACUGAACCACAUAAAAGGGGCGGCUCAUUUUAGACAGGCUGCAAGUCAUUAAGCUGUCAAAUAGUGCAUUUCUGUGUUGGCACCAGAUAUGUGUAUACUGUUAACGGCACAGUUGUUUGCCAUGUUUCAACAGAUCAUUCAAAAGUCUCACACACAAGAAGGCAUCAAACACCCACAAACCGCUGUGUGUUUCAGUUUGAUUUGUUCUUGGGAUCACUCAUAGCGUUCAUGUAUUUUCCAGCAAGUUCAUUAUCAGUUUGUGAAAUGAAACUAGAGUUUAGAGUUAAAGGUUUGAUUCUAUCAGACCAAAGUGGACCAGAGGGGAGAGGAGGCUAUGCUCGUUCUUAUACAAGCAAGUAUUAAAAAAACAUUUAAAAAUAAAAAAAUAUGUUAGAUGUCCAGUAAUUUCAGUCUCCAGUUUUUAAGUUAUAGAUUAUAGUAGAUUUUUUUUUUUUUAAUUGUCAAAUUCCCAUUCUGUGAGGACAAGGCACUCGCAGUCCAGAAGUCCUGCACAUGGUUAUGCUGUAUCAUUAUCCCCAUUCUUAUUUGUAUGGGCAUGCCGUGGUACUUACACGUGUAGUUCAGCACUGUGGUGUACAACCUUCCACGCAGUGGUGGCUCGUGCUGUUCCUGUGGGUGAGGUGAUGCUCCCUGCACUUUACAAUAGAAGGGUCACUGUUCUUUAUGAACUGGACUUCCGUGACUAUUUUCUCUGUAUGUUUUGAUCUUAGCAGUCAAUAUAAAUUUUUUUUUUUCUGUAAAUCAUCUGCAUUUUAAUAUUAUUACCCCAAUAAACAUCUACAUAAGUGCUUUAUAAACGCAUACAAAGAAUUGCAAAAACUCUUCUUUCAUGCUUGACAGGCAGCAGAUCUGUUCUUGCCUCACAAGCUGUUCUGACAGUAGCUGUGUAUGCUGGUGCAAUGGGGUCGUUCAGCAUUGUGUAGGUUUGCAUGUGUCUGUCACUGUUAAAUUCUUAAUGUCCAGCCUUCCUGGCAUAGUAAACGCUGACUCUGAAUCAGACUCCGUCGUCUGCAGGACCACACACAGGUCUUCAAGGACCAGUGUGCAGUUUGUGGACAGAGAGGACUCCAGUGUUAGAAUGGUUAAGGGUGCUCCUAUUUAUGGAGUGAUUUCUAUGUAGAAUAAUGGUUGUAUGUAAGCUGCUGUUCUUCACUUGCCACCACUGUUUACAUGCAUGUUUCACACAUGACCACAGUCAUCAUGCGCAUUGUUCUUCGUGGGCUGUAGAAAGCACCACAAGCCCCUGCUGUUCCAAGUCUAAGCACAUGUUCCUGCUUAACAGGAGGCAACUAGAAAAGCAUGGAUCUCACAAUUGCAUUGGAGUGGGUCUGUAUUUCCCUUGUUUGUGUCUAGUCUUUGGUUUUGCUGCUUGCUAUAUUUAAGUGUUGCAAAAUAUAGGCAGCCUAAUGUAACCAAAGCCUUUUGUGUGUGUGUGUGUGUGUUUCUGUUAUCUCUGUAGCUGCUGUAAAGCAAGACGCUCCAUGCAAUCAACACUUGCCUUUGUGCUGUCGCUUGGUGCCACCUGGGCUGAAAAAACAGAAACCUGUUAAAGUCUACGAGCAUUUUAUAUCAGCAUUAAUAUGUAGCAACUGUGCAUUGUAGGACAAAAAUUAGCAUUUUGUUCUGGUUAUGUUUAUGUUCAUGCAAUUUUUAUUGUAAAUAGUUAACCUUUAAUAGUCUGUUUCAUAUUAUACAUGCAUAUUAAAUACAAAUAAAACACAAAUCUUUCUACUCUA